AUGGUAUCUCCCGCCAUCGCUUUUGCCUUCAUCCCGUUCCUGAUGACACUCGUCAUCCGCUACCGGUACUACUUCCUGCUGUUCUGGAGGGCAGUCGUUCUACGCAAGGUCCAGGAUUAUGUGACCGGCCUGUCCAGGGAGGAGAGGGCCUUCCACUACGUGAUGUCCAAUUGCAUUCCCGGCGAUCCUGAGAACAUCCUCGGCACCUUUGACGAGUGGUGUUUCCACUCGGAAUACCUGAGCAACCUGGGGCCGGAGAAAGGUCGUAUCCUGGAGCGGCUGAUCUAUGAGAAUGCCCCGCAGACGGUUCUGGAGCUGGGGACUUACUGCGGGUACUCCACGCUCCGCAUGGCGCGGACCCUGACCCUCAACGCCAGGCUCUACACUGUGGAGAUGGAUGAGAGGAACGCAGCGGUGGCUGAGAAGGUCAUCCGCAUGGCAGGAUUCGAUGAGGACACGGUGGAACAGAUUGUCCGCCCCUCGGAUGAGGUGAUCCCUCAGUUCAGGGAGAAGUUUGAAGUGGACAAGAUUGACUUUGUCUUCAUGAACCACUGGAAACGCUGUUACCUGCGGGACUUGCAGCUGCUGGAGGAUUACAACUUGCUGCGGGAGGGCAGCAUCAUCCUGGCGGACAACGUCAUCUUCACCGGCGCACCCCACUUCAUGCAGUACGCCAAGAGCUGUGGCAAGUACGGCUGGAAGAUCCAUCGCACCCACCUCGACUACUUCCGCCACAUCAGGGAUGGGAUGGCGGAGCUCACGUAUACUGGGGUCAAAUAGAAGCACUCGGCCUCAACCUGUGGCCCUCGGAGGGUGAGGACAGAACUCCCACUCGGUAAAAGCUGGGUGUCCAAAACUGGACAUAACUGAAUACAAUCCAAGCAUCCCAUA